ACCCCGGAGACGUCCAUUGUUGUAUGCAGUCUAUGGUCAGCACGAGCACAGUUACUGCGCUGUGAUUGGCGGAAAGACGUUUCUCUCACUUGUAUUGAGCGCGCGAAUGCACCCACGUCUCCCCCAGUCCUCAGUUAGCCGUUAGCUUAGCUUCGUUCACUGUGCUUUAAACGGCACUGGGGUUUGCUGGCACACCACAGGGGACCUGCGACAAGGCUCUUUGACUCCAAGUAUCAACUAACCUGAAGUCACUGUCGUCCAUCAACUACUUAAGAUACCUGCAAUGGCGGACAAGGAAGCUGGUGCAUUUGACGAUGCAGUGGAGGAGAGAGUAAUUAAUGAGGAGUACAAGAUCUGGAAGAAAAACACCCCCUUCCUCUAUGACCUGGUUAUGACCCAUGCUUUAGAGUGGCCCAGCCUCACUGCUCAGUGGCUGCCUGAUGUCUCCAGGCCAGAGGGGAAGGAUUACAGUGUACACAGACUGGUGCUGGGCACUCAUACAUCUGAUGAGCAGAAUCACCUAGUCAUUGCUAGUGUCCAGCUGCCCAAUGAUGAUGCCCAGUUUGACGCCUCACAUUAUGACAGUGAAAAAGGAGAGUUUGGAGGCUUUGGCUCAGUGAGUGGCAAGAUCGAGAUAGAAAUCAAGAUUAACCAUGAAGGAGAGGUCAACCGUGCCCGCUACAUGCCACAGAAUCCCUGCAUCAUUGCCACUAAGACCCCCACCUCAGACGUGCUUGUGUUUGACUACACCAAGCAUCCUUCCAAGCCAGAUGUUAAUGGAGAGUGCCGCCCUGAUCUGCGACUCAGAGGUCAUCAGAAAGAGGGCUAUGGUCUAUCCUGGAAUGCAAAUCUGUCUGGCUGUCUGCUUAGUGCGUCAGAUGACCAUACGAUCUGUCUGUGGGAUAUAAGUGCUGUGCCAAAGGAGGGGAAAAUAGUUGAUGCAAAGACGAUCUUCACCGGUCAUACUGCUGUGGUGGAAGACGUCUCUUGGCACUUGCUUCAUGAGUCACUCUUUGGAUCUGUAGCAGAUGACCAGAAGCUCAUGAUUUGGGACACUCGUUCAAACAACACCUCCAAACCCAGCCAUGCAGUAGAUGCCCACACUGCAGAGGUCAACUGCUUGUCAUUUAACCCUUACAGCGAGUUCAUCCUUGCCACUGGCUCUGCAGACAAGACUGUGGCUCUUUGGGAUUUGAGAAACCUGAAACUGAAGCUGCAUUCCUUUGAGUCACACAAGGAUGAGAUCUUCCAGGUUCAGUGGUCACCUCAUAAUGAAACUAUACUGGCAUCCAGUGGAACAGACCGUCGCCUCAAUGUCUGGGAUCUCAGUAAAAUCGGAGAGGAGCAGUCCCCAGAAGAUGCUGAGGAUGGUCCUCCUGAGCUACUGUUUAUCCAUGGAGGACACACAGCCAAGAUCUCAGACUUCUCCUGGAACCCCAAUGAGCCCUGGGUGAUUUGCUCUGUGUCUGAAGACAACAUUAUGCAAGUCUGGCAAAUGGCUGAGAACAUCUACAAUGAUGAAGAUCCUGAGGGUGCAACAGACCCUGAAGCCACAGCGUAACACAUUUACCCACAUUUGUCUUAACCUAUAACCUCAUCACAAACUGCCACUUCAGAAGAUCCAUGCAGCUACUUCUUCCCAUCCUGCUCUACUUUACUGGUGGGACACAAUAUGUCACAAAUCACUGUAAAUACAGGAAAGAGAGUAAGCAUGUACAGCCCUGGUCGUGUUUGGAAUAUUCAAAGUGAAGACCUCCUUUUAUUCAGUGAUUUAUUGCCUCAGCCAUGUUAUUUGCACUUCAUAUAAAAGGUAUAUUUUUGUAACCAAAUUGGCUUUCCCUUAUACACUGAAAUGUUUUAGCCAAUGCUUUUUCAAAAAAGCUUUUCUACAACACAAGGGGGCGAUCAUACUGAGAGCCCAAGAAAAAUGCUUAUUCACAGUAACCUGCUGUUGUGUACACACACAGCUCCCUCCACACAUGUUAAAAGUGUAGAGAAUGUCAUGUUUAAUGUAAAAGGCAAAUAAUGAGUCAGUUUGGUCACCACUGAAUUGUUCUGAACUCCGAUUUCCACACCAGCUGUUUCUGAAUCUGUGUUUGAAUUGUCCAGUUGUUUUCCCAUGUCCAGUCACCUUAACAUUACAUUACUCGUUUAAAGGAAUUAAAUAAUUUACUAAUCAUUUUUGUCGUUGUGAAAUACAUUUUUCUAUGUUUUGAGAUUUUGCAUUUGUACAGUUAAAUUGUUAGUGCAUUUCUUAAUAAAACUGUCUUUCAUUA